GCCAGAGUCGCGUGGACCGCCGCAGCCGUGGUCGCCGCCUGUCACCCACUCCCGCAGCUGAAUGCGUGUGCUUUCAGAUUAUGGCGAAGCCGAGCGCUGUUGACAGCAACGGCAGCAUGGGUCAGCUGGAAACGGACGUUACCAACGCUAUAUGGCACGCUUUCGACACGCUCGGCGAUGGCAACUCGGGCAAAGUGGCCAAGUCUCGCCUCAAGGUGUUUACGUCAAGUUUAGGAACUGUCCUCGGUUACACGAGGGCAGAGGCAGCUCUGGAAGAAUACUGCAGUACGCAAGAACUGCAGUUUGAGCAAUACAUGGUGUAUUUACUGAAGGAGCUGUUCCAAGGACUCCCCAGCACCCUUGACCUCAAGACCAUUAAAAAAUACAGGGACCACAUUGAAGAAGUGUGCUGGCUUGUCUGCAAGAAGAAAUACCUGGACCGGGAGUUUGUCGCAUUCCCCGAGAAAUGCGUUGCGCAGCUCUUUCGGGUGUUCUGCUUUUUGGGAGAGCUGCGAACAUCUCAGAAGGACAUGACCGAGGUCAUCAUGGUCGCAGAAGAAGUUGAAGAGGUGACAAGUACAUUUGUGAAAGCCUUGGGGAAAGAAUGGGACUCUCAAGAUUUUCGUCAGCUGGCCACUCUGCUGCCCGUUUUCCAUUUCCAGUCUUUCUUGGCAUUUCUCGAAACACGUUACACGGCGGCGUCUGAGCCGUGUGGCCUUGUUGAAGCAUGUGCAGAGGUGUACGACAUCUACGUGGGAGACGUCAUCAAAAAGGGCUUGCUCAAAAAGAAAAUGUCUACUUUGGGCCUGUGGUGGGAGAUGUACUUUGUGCUGCGCCCUCACAGUUUCACCUACUUUGGCACCAAGGAAGGAAGCCGCAAGAGUGGCGAGAUUUGCAUCACGUCUCGCACACGUGCCGAGCCGGUGGGUGACUCCUCUGCUCGGAAAGGGCAUCGGUUCCUUGUUACCACGGAUGACAAGGUCGUCGAGCUCUCUGCCUCAGAUUACAAGUCUAAGCUGCAGUGGAUGUCAGCCAUCCAGACAGCAGCGCAGCACUCGUACACGUACCGCUCCUACCAGCGCCAGCUGGCCAUCAAGCGCCGGAACGAGAGGCAGGCCUGUCACACCAGGAAGCAGGAAGAGGAACGACAGCGACUGCAGCACCUCGCACAGCUCGAGAAGGAAAAAGAGGCUCGCAGGCAGGCAGAAGAGCAGCUCAAGAGUGAGCACCAAAAACGACAGGAGUUGGAAGCAGCUCAGCAGGAACUCGAACGGAAGCUCGAGGAAGAGAGACAGGCCAAGAGGGACGAGGAGAUUGUGCGGACCUUGCAGUCCAGGAUCUUAGCUGAGGAGUGGGAGAAGCGAGAGCAGCUGGAGCAGGAGAGAGCCGAGCAGCAGAAACAACUGGAAGAGGAGUCUCGGCGCAGGGAGCACCUUGAGCAGCUGCGUCGUCAAAAAGACCGUGAGAUCAAUUCCAUCGCUCAAAAGCUCUCAUCGCUGAAAACAGAAAAAGUGCUGCUCAACUCGCAGCUCGAGCAAACACAGAAGAAGCUCUCUGAGGCAGAAUUCGCCAGCAAAACACUGGAACGGAGACUUCGAAAGGCCAAGAAGAAUCAGUCACCGCUCAAACGCGCCGUGUCUGUGGAUCUGACAGACUUCGUGAUGUCGCCGACCAACAAGGUUUAGCUUGGCACUGCUGCCAGGCCUACCUAAUCCCGCUGAAGUUCUUCUUUGUUUUGCGUUUCCCUUCCAAGACCUGCGUCUUGCGACCCGCUCAGAUUUGUUGAGUGAUACAGUGCCAUUUGUAUCGUGUUCCUGUUUGCUAAACACUCUGCCAAACGUGCAGGUAACUUUUAUGUUGCUCUUAGAAGAUGGACCACACAUGGUGAGAUUUUAGUCAUGAUAUUACGAGAUAUAUAUACUAUAUACAUAUAUAAUAGUGCUCGCUUAAACUUUCGGCGUUAAGUUCGCAGCGUAGCGUCGACGCAUGUUUGAAGUGGCAGUGUGCUCGGCCCUUCCUCGUAAAAUGUGUCUAGUGCGUCUAACGCGAGAGUACAAGGCAGCUUUGAUCACGAAUGCCGUUGCUUUUUUAUCGCUCCUUUCUUUUGUUGUUACGUUGACGUAUCUUAGUGUAAGUUUAUUAUAACACAAAGAACGUAGUGUCACUGUCAUUUUCCAAGCGCAUAGACCAUUCCCACCUUGCUAACUUUCCUAAGACAACUGAAACAUUUCAGGACCUCCUAGUGCGCUAAGUAACAGGAUGUGCUGCUCAUAGAUUUAGUGUAUGCUGUAAUUCUGGGGUUUGGAGGGAGAAAAUGCCUUAGAUUGUACAACUUUCUUGGACAAUAGUAACAUACCACAACUGCACGCAUUAUUCGGAAAGCAUAAUUUCUGUUGUAAACAACACAUUUUAUUUCAAGAAAGAAACAUUUGUUCUCUACGAUGAGUACGUAAAAAAAAUUAACGCAAUGUCGAAAACAAGUUCAUGGAAUGUUUCAUUUUGCUUAUCAUAACUGGACUGAGAAAUCUCUUUUUAUUGUAACUUCAUUAAUAUGCAAGGCUCUUCUACUCACUGGUGUGCACCCAGCCAUGUCUGGCAUCUCUUUUUUUUUUUCAAGGAUCAAAGUGCUUAUGAUUGUUAUUGACUUCAUGUGACGCAGUCAAAGUAUUUUCUACAGUGUUAGCGUUUUCCUUGCCUAACAGGUGGGCCUGCAUUCAUUUUCGUAGCCAUCCACAUGCCUCGACGAAAGCCACUACGAAGGCCUCAAUUUCCCCUUUUCCUGUUUCGUGUGCGCUUCUCAGUACUACCAUACGUUGUCUCAUUUUAUGUGUGACAUAUCUGCUUUCGGCUGCUUCACUGAUAUCUGCCACCUUAUCAUGCGUCACCUAGCUGUGAAAUCGUGGUACUGUGCCAACCCUACUCAGCAUAUAUCAUUCUCAUACUCUUCAAAGCAAGCAAUGAACAAGGAAGAUGAGCCGCCCGAACAAAUUUUGCAACACGUGAGUCUCCUCCUAAUCUCCAUCACAAGACUACUCGAGCGUGAGCUACAAGAAUCUGCUGUGCCUUAUGGUGUUGUGUGCUUAAUUAAGCUCGAAGGCAUAUGAUUUGCCCCCCAUGAGCUAAAUGUGAAGUGCUGAUAAAAUGUUUUUCCACAGGGUCAGUUUUUUUUACGUUCCAUAAAGAAGCAUGCCUUAAUUGAGCUUAGCUUUGACUUUGUACGAGUAAUGCCCAGUAACUCCUGGGAGCACAAGAAUUUGUUUUUGUUUGUUUAUUAUCUCAUUUGCAGGGUGCAAAUGGGAGUUUUCACGAUAUGUUAGUUCCUAAACUGCCAAGCUGAGCUGUAAUGAGUCUCUUGCAUGCGUUUGCUUGGUUUUGCUCACUGAAAUCUGCACUGCACUGGCAUAUGUCUGUUUAAUGAGAGUGUGUUAAAUGUUCUGUCACUUGAAAGUUUUUCAAGCUGCACCUUCUUGUGUAUUUUUUUCUACUAAGCAGGUGCAAUGGCUGUGAUAGUCCUCCAUUGUUUUACAGCACAGGGCCUUCUUGCGUACUGGUAGCUUUUGCUGUAAGGACUUGGCGUUUUGAGAAAACGUGUGUGCGUGUGUUGCUUUAACUGAUGUGUGUUUUUAUUAGGCACUCAGGCUGCUGUUUUGAUGUGUUUUAUUGGCCCUACUAGUUGUUGUUCAUUUGGAGAUGUCGAAACUUGAGAUGGCUUUUAUACUCUUGCAUAUGAAAUAAAUUAUUUUGUCAUA